AGGAAAAUCAAUUAAAGUCAUGGAAAACAACCUAUUCUCUUGAGAGCUUCCUCAUUAUAGUCUCUCUCUCUAUAUAUAUAUGCCUUUUCAUGUUGUUGUCAGGCGUGUGAGAUUUUCAUUUAUAUUAAUGCACUAUUUGCUAUUUGAAUCUUAUCCCUAUAAAGGCUCUUUUAAAAAACUGUAUUUAAUGCUCCAUCCCGCAACACGCGCUCCUCUAUCAUCUCAGGUGAGCGAAUGAUAGAGACUCUAGAGAUGAAGGUCACACCACAUGUUGCCUUUAACUGCUGCACGGAGCCCAUCCUGGGGGCAGAACCACAGCUAGUUACUGAAGGAGGGAACCUACUGAAGCCUCCCUCCUCAUCUUUGUCAUUAAUCUCACUUCAUUUGUACUGUAAGUUGGUGUGGAGGACCCCGUUGAAGACAAGCGGACUUUCCUUCCAGGAGCCUGGCAGUUGCUGUUGGUGUUGUGGUUGGUUGACUUUGGUGGGAAGAGGACAGGAUGUCUAACAACAUGGCGAAGAUCGCAGAUGCUCGGAAGACGGUAGAACAACUGAAACUGGAGGUCAACAUAGAGAGGAUGAUGAUAUCCAAAGCAGCAGCUGACCUGAUGGCUUACUGUGAAGCUCACGCCAAAGAGGACCCCCUGGUGACACCAGUGCCUUCCUCAGAGAACCCGUUUCGAGAGAAGAAACUAUUUUGUGUAAUUCUGUAACAGCCUACACAUCUACACUUCCAGCUUUUUAAUUUGUGAAUUAAAUUUCAGUUUACAUAACAAACACAAUGAGGAAUUCAGUUUUGUAAUUGAGGUGACCAACUUUACCUGAGGAAUGACGAUCAUGUGAAUGUGAUAAUGACGGCAAUAAAGAUUUAUUGAAAGCGGGUGCAAAGUUCAUUGAAACCGGAAGGCCCUGCAGCUGCCUCUCCUUCUGCACACAGAUUGUAUCUGAGCUUAUAUAUUAAC